AUUAAUUUUAAUUUGUUACUGAGAUUCUUAUCCUCAACUCUCUAUUUCAGGUUAAAAAAAGUGGAAAGUGUGAGAUGUUAAAUCAAGAAGAACGAAAGAGACAAGAGGCCAUAUUUGAGGUCAUCUCAUCAGAGCACAGUUACUUGCACAGUCUGGAGAUCCUCGUUCGCCUCUUUAAGAACUCAAAUGAGCUCAGUGAAACCAUUAACAAAACAGAACAUCAUCAUCUCUUCUCCAACAUUGUUGAUGUCUGCGAGGCCAGCAAAAAGUUUUUCAAGGAACUUGAAGAUCGUCACCAGCAAAACAUCGUAAUCGAUGACAUAAGUGACAUUGUUUCAAGGCAUGCACAGGCAAACUUUGACCCCUAUGUGACAUACUGCUCGAAUGAAGUGUACCAGCAGAGGACCCUGCAAAGGCUCCUAAAUAAAAGCUCAUCCUUUAAGGAGGUACUGACUGGGAUCGAGGCCCACCCAGACUGUCGGAACCUUCCCAUGAUCUCCUUCCUCAUCCUUCCCAUGCAGAGAGUCACACGGCUGCCCCUGUUGAUGGAUACCAUAAGCCAGAAGACGCCAAAAGAUUCGAUCCUUUACGAGGCAUGUAAAAAAGCUCUGCAUGCUGUCAGCAAGCUUGUGAGGAAAUGUAAUGAGGGCGCUCGUACAAUGGAGAGAACGGAAAUGAUGUACACCAUCAAUUCCCAGUUGGAGUUUAAAAUUAAGCCAUUCCCACUGGUGUCGUCCUCCCGCUGGAUGGUGAAGCGUGGUGAGCUAACGGCUUUCGUAGAGGAAAAUGGGAUCUUUUCCAAGAGGACAUCUCGCCAGCAGGUCUAUUUCUUCCUCUUCAAUGAUGUUCUCAUUGUCACACGAAAGAAAAGUGAGGAGAGCUAUACAGUUAUAGACUACGCACUGAGGGAUCAGAUCUGGGUGGGGUCUUGUCAGGCAGAAGACCUGAAUCUCUCUCCAGUACGUGGUACUGCAGGAAUGCUGACGUCACGACAGAACGUGGCCAGCCACCUGUUCCAGAUCAGUUUCCGCAGCAACUACUCUGGAGACAAUGUGACCAUGAUCUUAGGGUUGGAGCUACUUAAUGAGAGAGCCCGGUGGAUCAGUGCUCUGGGACGGAACAAGAGUGACAACAAGAAAGACAGAAUGAACGCCAUGCAGGUGGAGGUGACGAGGACGUACACAGCCGGGCAGCCGGAUGAGCUCUCUCUACAGGUCGCUGAUGUGGUGUUGCUGUCACAGAUAGUGGAUGGCUGGUAUGAAGGAGAGCGUCUGCGGGAUGGAGAGAGGGGCUGGUUCCUAGCUGAGUGUGCUGAACUCAUCACCUGUCAGGCAACCAUUGAGAAAAACAUGCAGCGGAUGGACCGUCUGCAAAGCCUAGAGACCAAUGUCUGAGACAUUAUCUCCUGAGAAACGCACAGCACAUGACAAAACUGUGGAUGAACUCGAACCACUACAGUGCAGUAAUUGCUUUAGUUGCUUCAAAAGGGGAAAUACGCACUGCUUUAUCCAACAUUGAUUUAUUGUGAUUAUAAACUGAGGGAUCAUUUUAAAAUGUGUUUUUUUUUUGUCCUCCACAAACACUGGUUCACUGUUUGUGACUUCUUGACAAGUAACAUUUCGUGGACAUGGAGUCCCUAUUUAAAAUGAAGGAAAGUUUUAUAGCAGCACAAAGACGGUCACUCGCUUAUUCACUCUCAUAACUGACUCUCAGGGAAAAUGUAAACAUGCAUCAGAUAUACUCAAUUUGUGAACGAAUCAAUAGAAAUAAUCAGUAUAUAGAUUCAUAUUCAAGAUCUUUUUAUGUUCAUUUAAAGAGUAUGUAUAUUGCAUUCCUUAAACUUUCACUUGACCUGUAUGUACGUGUAUGUGAGAUUAUGAAUGAAAGAUCUCCAUAAACAAAUGGAUUAUAUUAUGGCAAAUUUAAUGAAUCACUGUAAAGAAAGCAUACAAGUCAAGCCAAUGUUAAAAUAAAAUAAAAAAGUUAUUAUCUUUAA